GCUCACUUGCCUGGCUGCUUGGAGUCACAGCGACUUGCUUGACCCUGGUCUCUGGAUCAGCCCGGUUCCUACUCAGCCACAGGCGCCUUGCUCCUAUCCGCCGUCCAGCGCUCUGCGAGCUGCACCGAGAGAAGGAUGGAGACUUUCCCCGCCGCUUGGGUCCUGGCACUGCUUUGCCUUGGUUCCCACCUUCUACAAGCAGUUAUCAGCACAACCGUGAUUCCGUCAUGUAUCCCAGAAGAAUCCGAGGAUAACUGUACAGCUUUAGUUCAAAUGGAAGACGAUCCCCGUGUGGCGCAAGUGUUGAUUACAAAGUGUAGCUCUGACAUGGACGGCUACUGCUUGCAUGGACACUGUAUCUACCUGGUGGACAUGAGCGAGAAAUACUGCAGAUGUGAAGUGGGCUACACUGGUCUGCGGUGUGAACACUUCUUUCUGACUGUUCACCAACCCUUGAGCAGAGAAUACGUUGCAUUGACCGUGAUUCUCGUUUUCCUCUUUCUUAUUGUAACUGCUGGAUCCAUGUACUAUUUCUGCAGAUGGUACAGAAAUCGCAAAAGUAAAAAAUCAAGGGAAGAAUACGAGAGAGUGACCUCAGGGGGCCCAGGGUUGCCACAAGUCUGAACAGCGCCAUCAAAUUGUGGACAAGGAUGUGCAGCAUGCCUGGCUGAUGUCAAUAUUUUGUCAUGUUAAUAGUAUUUAUGUUGGGUCAUGUGUUAGGUCAAUAACUAUAUUUUUAAUACACUUGGAAAGUGUUUUAUUUUUGACAGAAAUAUAUUUGCUAAUAUAUUAUAUGUAAAGUAUUUAAUGCCAAAAGAAAUUUGAUAUUUUUGU